AUGGAGGACACGAGGGACAUCAGGGUUGUCCCCCAUCUCGUCGCGCUUGCUUCCGCCCCCGCAAGGACUCUUGACCCGCACAAUGGCUCCUCCGAAACCGACCCGUUGACCCCAGUCCGCUUCAACUGCCAAGCCUGUGUGCGGAAGAAGAUCAAGUGCAACCGUGCGGUGCCCAAAUGUGCCAGCUGUAUCAAGACCAAGCUCCAGUGCGUCUAUGAGCCACGGCCGCCACGGCGCAAGAGGAAACGUAGCCGGGGCGACGAAGACCUACACGAACGCCUGGCUCGGUACGAGCGCAUCUUGCAUAACCACAAUCUCCUCCCGACAGCCGCUGCCUCGAUCACCAGCGGCAGAGACUCGGAGGCCCCAGCCAACAGCACACAGGCUCCGACUCCAAGGCUGGCGGAUUCCCCGCCUGACGCCACAGCGGGUCAGCCGCUUUCCAUCAGUGGCAAUUCUCGCUACAUCGACAAUGUUCUACUCCUUGACGCUGGCGAAGGUGACUUGUGUGAGUUGUCAGAAUCCGACCAGGAAAACUACAAUGAAGACGAGCCCGGACCCGACGAAACCAGUCCGACUGGUCCGCUCGGUGCGCUCGCCGCGCAUUCGAUUUCUGAUGCGUUCCUCGGGAGCACGAUAAGCCUCACCGACCUUCACCCUAACUAUGAGCAUGCGGCCAAGCUCUGGCAUGCCUACGUGGAGAAUGUCGAGCCUCUUUGCAAGGUUCUUCAUGUUCCGACGGUCACCCAGAUGGUCGACACUGUCUCCAAGCACCCAGCGACCGCCUCGAAGAAUGAUGAAUGCGUGCUUUUUGUCAUCUAUUAUUCCGCCGUAUUCUCCAUGUCGGACGACGAAUGUUUGCGUGAACUCGGUGAUUCGAGGGCCCACUUGAUGUCCAAAUAUCGGACCGCAUUCACCCAGGCAUUAGUAAAUGCGUCUUGGCUCAAGACCACCUCGAUGCCGGUUUUACAGGCUUACACACUCUUUCUUAUUACUUUGCGCACUCAAAUCGAUUCUCAUACCUUCUGGAUUUUGACCGGCAUUGCAAUUCGCCUGGCCCAACGCAUGGGACUGCACCGGGACGGCGAAAGCCUCGGAUUGCCCCCAUUUGAGGUUCAGAUGCGCCGGCGGCUCUUUUGGCAACUGCUACCCCUGGACGGCUAUGCGGGUCAAACAUCCGGCACGGGUAUAUCCCUCUCACCCGACAGCUGGGAUACCAAGCAACCGUUAAACAUCAACGAUGACCAGAUCUUCCCUGGCAUGACCGAGCCGCCUCAUGAGCAAAGAGGCGCAUCGGAUAUGAUCUUUUGCUUGUCCCGGAUGGAGCUGUCAAAUUUCUACACUCGAACGGGGGUCAAGCUGAAGGAAAAGGGGGGCACAAUCCAGUUCCGAGAUCCCGAGGACAUUGAGCGGCUGAUUGACGAGGUGGAAGACCUCAUCGAGACGAAGUUUUUACGGUACUGUGACAUCCUGAAUCCUUUGCACUUUCUUACCACCGGCAUUAUGCGAUCGGCCAUCAGUGCCGUUCGGUUACGUGCGCGAAUGCCGCUACUCAUGCAAAAAAGCAUUACCGACGCACAGCGGAGACGCCUCUGUACCCUUGCCGAAAAGGUACUCGACACCAGCAGUGCCAUCUUUAGCAAUCCCGCCACCCAAAAGUUUCGGUGGCAGAUGCAAGCGUUUUUCCUGUGGGACUCCCUUCUCUGCAUUCUGAGAAGCAUUGCGAAGGUUGGAUUUUAUUCGCCGUCAGAGCUUGAUGCUGCCUGGAAAAGGGUUUCAGAGGUCUACGCAAAUCAUGAAGCGCUGAUCCAGGGCCGGAGAACCCUGUACGUUACGAUUGCUAAGAUCACUUUGAAGGACUGGCUAGUGAAUCCGCCUAGUUAUUCAUCUCCCGAGCCAGCUUUCAUUACCGUGCUGCGCGCUCAACGAGAACCCAAAGGAACCCCCCGGCGGGAGGACAGCGUAUUUGGUACCGAUCAAGCUAUAGAUGGGGCUUUUACUUUCGACGAGCUUUUCGACGACAUGAGCAGGACCGACCCCAACAUGAACAACGCCUUCAAUCUCGACUCGUCUUCCGAUUGGCUAUUCUGGGAACAAAUAAGUGGAGGAACCAGUCUGGGCUGA